UCCAGCAGUUUUUUGGUGACGUAAGAUGUGGGCUGAACUUGAGUCUACUGAGAAAGAGGGAAUCACUAUUCAAGGGCACUGUACAUACAAUCUGGGUCAGCUGCAGCUGGUUACUGCGUUUCUCCAUGUGGCAGACAGAGCAAAGCCACAACGAUUUCUCCGCUGGAUUAAAGACAGCCCACAGACCAGAACGUCCACUCCACUACUUAAAAUUACAUAGGUGGCUUGUCAAAUUCAAUUGAUUAGUGUUGUAAGAAGAAAAAGAAGUUCCUUAUUACAGCUUGGAUUCGACGGCCCACAACAAAGAUGCAGUUGCCAUUAAAGUCACAGACGAACAAACUCCUACACUGACUUGUAAAAGCAAGAAUAAGAGCGGCAAGUUUCUGGGUUUACGUUAUCAACAGAUGCAAAAGAAGACGUCACACAAGCUCAUUUCAGAAUGAAGGCUUUUAUCUGGACCCUAACUGUGCUCCUCUUCCUAGUAAUGGGCACCAGACACUGCAGAGGACAGUACAAAAUAAAAAAAAUAACCCAGAGGAGAUACCCUCGUGCCACAGAUGGUAAGGAGGAGGUAAAGAAAUGCGCGUACACAUUCCUGGUACCUGAACAGAAAAUAACAGGGCCCAUUUGUGUCAACACCAAAGGGCAAGAUGCAGGGGCCAUUAAAGACAUGAUCACCAGGAUGGACCUGGAGAACCUGAAGGACGUGCUGUCCAAGCAGAAGCGGGAGAUAGAUGUCCUGCAGCUAGUGGUGGAUGUGGACGGGAACAUCGUGAAUGAGGUCAAGCUGCUGAGAAAGGAGAGCCGGAACAUGAACUCUCGAGUCACCCAACUCUACAUGCAACUGUUACACGAGAUUAUCCGGAAGAGGGAUAACUCACUCGAACUUUCCCAGUUGGAAAAUAAAAUCCUCAAUGUCACCACAGAAAUGUUGAGGAUGGCAACAAGGUACAGGGAGCUGGAGGCGAAAUAUGCUUCCUUGACCGAUCUUGUCAACAACCAGUCUGUGAUGAUCACUUUGUUGGAAGAACAGUGCUUGAAGAUCUUUUCCCGACAAGACCCCCACAUGUCUCCUCCUCUUGUCCAGGUAGUGCCGCGAAACAUUCCUAACAGUCAUCAGUACACUCCCGGGCUGCUGGCAGGUAAUGAGAUACAGAGGGAUCCAGGUGAUCCCAGAGAUUUAAUGCCACCACCUGAUCUGCCAACUUCUCCCACCAAAAGUCCUUUCAAGAUACCACCAGAAACUUUCUUCAAUGAAGGACCAUUCAAAGACUGUCAGCAUGCAAAAGAGGCUGGCUAUUCGAUCAGUGGGAUUUAUAUGAUUAAACCUGAAAACAGCAAUGGACCAAUGCAGUUAUGGUGUGAGAACAGUUUGGACCCUGGGGGUUGGACUGUUAUUCAGAAGAGAAUAGAUGGCUCUGUCAACUUCUUCAGAAACUGGGACAAUUAUAAGAAAGGGUUUGGCAACAUUGACGGAGAAUACUGGCUUGGAUUGGAAAAUAUUUAUAUGCUUAGCAACCAAGAUAAUUACAAGUUGCUGAUUGAAUUGGAAGACUGGAGUGAUAAAAAAGUCUAUGCAGAAUACAGCAGCUUUCGCCUGGAGCCUGAGAGUGAAUUCUACAGGCUGCGCCUGGGAACGUACCAGGGAAACGCUGGCGAUUCUCUCAUGUGGCAUAACGGCAAACAGUUCACCACCCUGGACAGAGACAAAGAUACAUACGCAGGGAACUGCGCGCACUUUCAUAAAGGAGGCUGGUGGUACAACGCCUGCGCGCACUCUAACCUGAAUGGGGUGUGGUACCGAGGAGGCCACUACAGAAGCAAGUACCAAGACGGAAUCUUUUGGGCCGAAUACCGUGGGGGGUCCUACUCCUUGCGAGCAGUUCAGAUCAUGAUCAAGCCUAUCGACUGAGGGAGACAGCCUACACCUCAACAGAGCUCUGCCUUUGUCAGUCUCUGAAAACGCAAAUGUUACACGUAUAUCAUUCUGCACAAUUCAUUUUUACAGAUAUAGUUUUUAAAAUGAAUUUUACCACAUAACUAUAAAAGGGGAUUUAUGAACCUAGCUUCAUUUUCCCUCAAUAUACUACAGAAGAUUAUUAGUUUCCAUAAUCUUAGUUACUUUAAAAAUUACAUUGACUAAAUAUGGGGAACAUUUGUUUUCUAAAAUGUAAAUAUUUGUCACAAUGUAAAACAAACCUCAGCUUUAUUUUAAAUCAAAAUUGAAUACAUAUUUGACAUCCUUAGUAAUUUACUUAAAAACUUUAUGAGAUUGCUCUUACUGCCAAUGAAAAAAUAUUUUUAAGAUUUCAAUCUAGUACAUUUUAUUUAUAAAAAAAAUAGACAGGAAAUUAGAGAAAACUCUAGUUUUGCCAACAGAAAAUACAUUUUGCAUUAAAUAAAAGUUAUUUCAAGUUGAAUCUGUGCCUUUCACAUGAAACAAUUAAAUCUAAAUUCUUUUUUUUUUUUUAAAUCUUCACCAAGGAUAUUUUUUCCAUUGCUUUU